ACGCGUCUGCCAUGGCGAUGGUCCAGGAGAAGGCGAGGCUGCCAUGUGACGUGACCUCCUCCCUGGCCAAUGACAGGGUUGUGCUCAUCCUGUGGUACCGGGGAGCAGCUGGGACGCCCAUCUACAGCUUCGACGCCCGCGGGAGCAAGAUCGAGAAAGGCAAGCACUGGGCUGACGAAAGACUUCUAGACAAGAGGGCCUACUUCCAGCUCCUGCCAGGGAACUCCUUCGGGGGAUCUGCGGCUCCAGGAGCCCACCUGGAGAUCCACCCCGUGCUGGACCGCGACCAGGCCGUCUACAGGUGCCGCGUCGACUUCCUGCUCUCGCCCACCAAGAACACCAUCGUCAACUUCACCGUCAUCAUCCCCCCCAAGAAGCCAGAAAUCUACAACGAGACAAACCACCUCGUUACGGGAGAUAACGACGCCUCUAUCAUCGGUCCUUAUAACGAGGGGUCGGCGCUCAAGCUCACCUGUGUUGUUAAUGGAGGUCGUCCCACGCCAGUCGUACAGUGGCUGGUCAACGACGAAGUGAGGUCGUCCCAAGAAUCCCGCUCGCCUCCUGGAGUGAUCAACACGACCCUUGUUGUCCCAAGGCUCUCAAGGAACGACCUGCACGCCGUGUUCGAGUGUCGUGCGACUAACUUUAACGACUCGGCUCCCAUCUCGUCUACGGUCACUCUGGACAUGAACUAUGGCACUGUGUAG